AUGGGCGACUACAUGUUCAACAUUCUAAUCGUUGGGGACAUGGGCGUGGGCAAGACCUCCCUCUUUGGACGCUACUUGGAGGAUCGCUUCACUCGCAUUUACAGCUCAGACUUGGGCAUUGAGUUCAGUGUUUCGCUCGUGGAGGUGGCUGGCCAGAUUCUUCACUUACAAAUUACGGAUGCCGCCGGCGGGGAGGGUUUCCAGGACAUGCUCUCAACUUAUUAUCGCAACUCGCAUGGUGUAAUCAUCGUGUACGACACCACGUCUCUUGGUAGCUUUCGCAAUGUAAGCAACUGGCUAAAGGAAGUGGGGAAAUUCUGCCCCAAGGGGGUCAACGUUAUGCUGGUGGGCAGCAAGUGCGACCGGCAGGGUAAGCGCCAGGUCAACCAGGAAAAGGCAACCCGCUAUGCUGAGCUCUAUGGCCUCUCCUUCUACGAGGCAUCGGCCAGGAGUGGUCUUAAUGUGAAGAAUAUCUUCAAGUCUUUGGCCUUGGAGUGUUACAACAGCCGGAUGCCCAAGAUAGUGUCAUCACCAUCAGCAAGAUCUGAGAAGGUGGUUAAUAAAGAUGGAAUGGAGAGUGGCCAGGAUCAGUGGGACAAGGACAAGGACAAGGACAAGGACCAGGGCAAAGGCCAUGGGAAUGGGGAAGUUCAGUUCUAA